CCCGUGUGUGUGAGGAUGGAUUAUUCUCAUUUGUCCCUUUUGAAAUAUGCAUGAGAUUUAACGAGGCAGUGAUAUCAGCCACUCCACAUGAGGGGCAGGGUUAAUGUAAUACAAUAUAUCUCCGUGAACUUGAUAUGUUAGGUCAACCUCAUAGAGCCAGGUCUCAUGCCUUUUAAACUCAGGAAUUUAAACUCAGGAAGGUUACAUUUCAGUCGAUUAUUUCACGCGAUAAAUAAUCAUGUUUUCUUCAUCGAUUUAUCAAUUAGUCUAUGAAAUGACACGGGGCCAAGAAAAACUAAACUAUUCCUUUUAAAAUGAACCAUGAACCAAAUGUUUCACUUUAACUGCACAUUAAGAAGCAAAUGUUAGUUAUUUGUGCUUUAUAAAUUACUUAAACAAUUUAUCAAACUUAGAUUUGAUCCUUUUUCUCACGAUCGAUUAAUCAUUGCAGCUCUAGAACUCAGUACACACAGAAAUUCUGUGAGAAAUGAAAGAAUUGUUUGCCACAUUCAUACUAUAGAGUUAAUGUGCUAUUACAUCAUGUUUUCAAGGUUAGCAUGAUGAAUAUCUUUCUAGCUAUCUGUAGCACUACAACAAUGCUUAGGAACCAAGUCGUAUUUACUCUCAAACCAAUGGCUUCAUAGGGGCAAUGCUUGGCGUUCAACGAUAGCCCCCUAUUUACCAAAAGUGGAAUGAAACCUGCUCUUCCAGUCUCUGUUGAUGCUGAAGCUCCGGCUUUGGACAUGUUGUGGUCACACUGCUCUAUCCUCACAAGCAAGCAGUCCAGCGAUCAGAAGAAACAGUAGAUCAACGGGACCACACGCUGAGCCACCGUCCUCCUGAACUAACAUCAAGAGGAGAAGAACGCGCCUCAUCGUCCCACAGAAAACAGGAGCCCCCCCCCCCACCCCGUGUGGACAGGAACCAGCCGGCAGCAGGCCAUGGCGCUGCGUCCGCGUGCUUCCUCCCAGCCGGGGAAGCUCUCCUUCCUGAGCCCCAAGGUGGCGGCGGCCGUGCUGCGCCCGCGCGCCCUCUCCUCCCGCUGCUCCGCGGCUCUGGAGGACGAGCUGUCCUGCCCCGUGUGCUGCGAGAUCUUCCGGGAGCCCGUGGUGCUCCAGUGCAGCCACAGCUUCUGCCGGGCGUGCCUUCAGCAGUUCUGGAGCAAGAAGAAGGCGCGGCGGGAGUGCCCCGUGUGCCGCACCAAGUGCUCCCUGACGGAGCCCACCGUCAGCCUGGUGCUGAAGAACCUGGCCGGGUCCUUCCUGAAGGAGCAGCAGGAGGGGCAGCAGGCCGCCGCCGCCACCGCCACGGGGGGUGGGACGGGGGCGCCAGGGGCCAUCCCGUCCGGCAUGGUGGCGGAGGCCCAGUGCGGGGCGCACGGGGAGACGCUGAAGCUGUACUGUCGGGACGACAUGGAGGUGAUCUGCUGCGUGUGCCAGACCUCCAAGAAGCACCAGGGUCACAGCGUGUGUCCACUGGAGGAGGCGGCCCAGGAUCUCAAGGGGGAGCUGAGGAAGGAGCUGGUCCCUCUGAAGAAGAGCCUGCGGCGCCUGUAUGAGGCCAAGCAGGAGUGUGAUGACCAAACGGUGCACAUCAAGAGCCAGAGCCAGGCCACGGAGCAGCAGAUCAGGAAGGAGUUUGAGCAGCUGCGUGCGUUCCUCCAGAGGGAGGAGGAGGCCAGGCUGCUGCUGCUGCAGCAGGAGCACGAGGACAAGAAGCUGCUGGCCAAGAAGCGGACGGACAACGUGACCAAGGACAUCCUGGCCCUGUCCCACGCCGUCAUCGCCGUGGAGAACGAGACCGCGGCGGGUGACGCCCUUUUUCUUCAGAAUUACAACAACACCAAAAAGAGAGCUCAGAUCAGGGUCAAGGAGCCGGAUGUGAUGCCUACGGGUUCUCUCAUUAAUGUGACCAAGCACAUUAGCAGCCUCAAGUACCAGGUGUGGGAGAAGAUGAUGGAUGUGGUCCAAUACACCCCGGUCAUCGUGGACCCCAACACCGCCUACUCCUGGCUGUCCCUGUCCAGCGACCUGACCCGCGUGGCCAACAGCGGCUCGGUGCAGCAGCUCCCGGACAACCCGGAGCGCUUCAGCCACUUUGUGUUCGUGCUGGGCUCGGAGGGCUUCACCUCGGGGCGCCACUCCUGGGAGGUGGAGGUGGGCGACAAGGUGGACUGGAUGCUGGGCGUGGUCAAGGAGUCCAUCAACAGGAAGGGCCGCAUCUCGGGCUGCCCCGACGGCGGCUUCUGGAUGAUCUCCCACUGCGAGGGCCAGUACUCUGCCAUGACGCGGCCCGGCACGCCGCUGGCGUUGGGCGGCGGCGGGGAGCUGACCCGGGUCCGGGUGCAGCUGGACUACGAGGCCGGGGAGGUGGUGUUCUCCGACCCCGUCCGCAUGACCACGCUGUACACCUUCCACGACUUCUUCACCGAGAAGAUGUUCCCCUUCUUCUGCCCCGGCGCCAACAUCAACGGGAACAACCCCAGCCCCCUGAGGAUCUGCCCUUCCAAGGUGGCAGUGUGGAACAGCUCUACCUGGUGAUCGCAGGGCGUAGCUGCGGUCGACGCCGCCACGCGUUACACGGUGAACUCAAGGAACUCCUCCAAUGAUUGAAGUUCAUUUUAAUUAAUUAAAAAUAAUAAAAAUCCUCUUUGGAUUUAGCUUGCACAAAUCCAGGCAUUCGUUGCUUGACAUUGUAGUAUAGUUACACAUGAUGAGGACUGCAAUGAACAGUCGAUAAACAGAAAAUUAAUCAAAUGUGAUUUUGAUAAUCGUUUACAUAUUAUGUGUCAAGUAAAAAACAUUAAAGAUUUGCUGCUUAAUGUUGCAGUGCAAUUCAUAUACUGGUUCAUGGAUCAUUAUGAACGGAAUAGAUUUGUUUUUCUUGGCAGCUUCUCAGAUAAAUCAAGAACAUUUAAGACAUCUCUCUCGUAAAUUGCGAUUGCAUUUGCUUUUAUUAAUGACAUUUUAUAGACUUACUGAUUAAUCAAGGAAAUAAUCUUAUGGUUAAGAGAAAGAAAUAAACUGCUAGCUGCAGCUCUACACAUGGUUUACUUGUAGAGCAUUCCCUCCACAGUCUCUGAGGCCCCGAUGUCCGCCUUGUGGCCACAAAAAGCUGAAUAUUGAUGUCCCAGCUGCGAGUCUAAUCUCUUCUGUUAACAACACAAAAGUGGCCAUCUUGGGUCUGUAAUAUGACACGUUUGGAACAGGGUAAUUACACCAGGGCCAAGUCGAAGUGGAAGAUGAGUGAUGGCUUGAUGGUGAUGGUAAUUAGCGGGCAAGCUAGAGAAAGGAACAUUUUCCUGUCACGGCGUCUAUCACCAUAAGUCAAUUCCAAUAGCUCAAGGACGGUCCGGUCACACUCCCUUUACAUGUCUUUACCAAGAAAUAUAAUUUUGUAAUUGUCUAUUUUGUAAAUGUC